UUCAUGCUGCUGUGUUUUUCCACUCACCACAACAUUGUGUAUGCAUCCUCCUCUCCAAGGCCACCGUUUCAAUCUUCAUUGCUAGCUACAACAAACAUUACAUUUACAUAUUGAUUUCGCAGUUUUAGUCAAUGUAAAUAAGCUGCCAUUACAGUAAAUUUGGUCCUCUGUUAACAUAAGCUUGUCCAAAGCUCCUCAGAUUAAGGCGCUGGUUGCAUAAUUAAUGUGUGCGUUACAUAUUAAUUCCCAGACUCUCCUCUUCCUGACUGCUUUCAGUCGAACCCUGAUUAGUCUGCAGGCUCGCGUCUAAGCUGUUGAUUCAUAUUCACACACACAGACGGAGCAUUUGCUCAAAGCACUACUUAACCCCCAUCGUUUGUCAUCAGAUGAGGCCUUCUCUCCUACAGCUCAGCACCAAGGCUCCCAUGAAUCUCAAACCCGCUCUGAGGUCAGGGCUUCAAGGGUGACUGGAGCAGGCAAACGACACAAGCCCUCUUGUCCUUUUGUGUGACGUUUAUACCUCUUAGCCCCAUUCGAUAUCUCCAGAUGGCCUUGGUGCUGGUGUGUGCCCAUGCUGUGGCCCUUGGCUCUGCCCUGGCCUCCUGCUACCCAAGCAGAGCAGUGGGGUGGCACAGGCUUGUCGGAGCCCAGAUAUAUGAACCCCAGACCCUGUGGAGACAUAGACGAGCCCUGACAUGUCCACUGCUGAACUCUAAUGCUCCCCUCUCUCUUUUCCCCCCUUCUGCCCUCCCUGUCAUUUACCAGUGCCCAGCCAGGGUCGUCAGAGCAGAACUACCUGCUUAUCAUUAGCCACCGUGAAGCACAGAGAGAUUACAGCCUCAACUUUCCCGCCAGCAAAACCAUCCAGGAGGUGAAAAGGAACAUUUCAGACCUGACUAACAUCCCUGUGCGGCAUCAACAGUGGGAUGGCUGGCCUGCCACUGCCUCAGAUGACUCGAUUACUCUGGCCGCCAGUGGAAUCAGUUAUCCCUGCCACCACCUGACUGUGUGCAGAAGAUCUUCCCCUGCGCUCACGGUGGACCAGACAGAUGAGAUUGUCCACAUGGUCAGUGACAGUGACGGAGAUGAUUUCGAGGAUGCACCUUGA